AAAAAAUUUCAUAGUAAGCGGGAUAUUUCUGUCAUUAGAAGCCAGAAGAAGCCCAAGAUCGUCCAAGAUGCCAUUUUUCAGCUUUCGCUUCCAACUUUCUGGACGGCGGUUGCUUGCCUGUUCCUCUCGCCACCGAACUCCUCCUGUCAUGUUAGUCUCCCGGUCAUCUUCCACUUUACGUCACAGAGAUAACUUUUGAGCUUCUGAUAAACCUAAAACGUAACAACAAAGAAUCUUGCUCCACUCUGCACCUCACCAGGCGUGUUCUCUAUCAACUAAUGGCGUCCGGCCAGGGAGGAGUAGUGAUGUUCUGUCAUUUAUGGGCGGUGGCAGUGAUUCUGAGCUCGGUGGCCGGAAUGUUCGUGGUGGAGAAGAGCAGCAUCCGUGUUUUGCGGCCAGAGCAUAUCAGGGGGAGGCAUGAAAGUGCCAUUGCUAACUUCGGAAUCCCUAAUUAUGGGGGCACGCUAGGGGGUGUUGUUCUGUACCCAGAAAAGGGCGCCACUGGCUGUAGCUCCUUUGAUGGUGCUCGCUUCAAGUCUCGCUCCGGCCGCCCUGUUAUCCUUUUGCUUGAUCGUGGGGAUUGCUACUUCGCUUUGAAGGCAUGGAACGGCCAAAAUGCCGGGGCUGCUGCUGUUCUAAUUGCGGACAGCAUAGAUGAACCUCUGAUCACCAUGGACUCUCCCGAAGAGAGUAAAGAUGCCGGCUAUGUGGAAAAGAUCAGGAUUCCCUCAGCUCUGGUAAACCGAGAGUUCGGCGAAGCCCUUAAGAUAGCCGUUGAAAAGGGCACUGAGGAAGUUGUCGUGAAAUUGGAUUGGAGAGAGUCGAUGCCUCAUCCUGACGAGCGAGUCGAGUACGAAUUCUGGACGAACAGCAACGAUGAAUGCGGCACCAGAUGUGACGAACAGAUAAAUUUCGUUCAAAACUUUAAGGGGCAUGCUCAGAUUCUUGAGAGAGGUGGAUACACUCUGUUCACCCCUCACUAUAUCACCUGGUUUUGUCCUGAGGUUUUUAUGGCUAGCACACAGUGCAAGUCCCAAUGCAUAAAUCAUGGUAGAUAUUGCGCUCCUGAUCCAGAUCAGGAUUUCACGGAGGGGUACGAAGGUAAGGACGUGGUCGUGGAAAAUUUGCGGCAGCUUUGCGUGCAUCGAGUAGCGAAUGAGAAUAACCGGUCGUGGGUUUGGUGGGAUUAUGUGACGGACUUUCAUAUUCGUUGUUCUAUGAAGGAGAAGAAAUAUAGCCGAGACUGUGCGGAUGAUGUUAUCAAAUCUCUUGGAAUGCCUUUAGAUAAAGUCAAAGAAUGCAUGGGAGAUCCUGAAGCAGAUAUUGAGAAUGCUGUGCUGAAGAAAGAGCAAGAUCUUCAGGCUGGUAGUGGCGCACGAGGUGAUGUUACCAUCCUGCCAACCCUUGUUAUAAACAACAUCCAGUAUCGAGGAAUACUUGAGAGAAUGGCUGUGCUAAAGGCAAUCUGUGCGGGAUUCAAAGAAUCUACAGAACCUUCUGUUUGCUUAAGUGGAGAUGUUGAGACGAAUCAGUGCCUCGAGAGGAAUGGGGGUUGCUGGCAGGAUUUACGGGUGAAUGUAACGGCAUGCAAGGAUACUUUCCGCGGAAGAAUCUGUGAAUGCCCUACAGUGAAUGGUGUUCAGUAUCAGGGAGAUGGAUACAUUUCCUGCAAAGCCGUUGGGCCUGGAAGGUGUGCAGUGGGUAAUGGUGAUUGUUGGUCGGAAACCAAGAAUGGGAGAACAUUUUCUGCAUGCUCAGACUUUGAUUUGAGUGGCUGCCGCUGCCCUUUUGGCUUCCAUGGUGAUGGCUACAAAUGUGAAGAUAUUGAUGAGUGCAAGGAAAAACUUGCAUGCCAGUGUGAUGGCUGCUUCUGCAAAAAUACAUGGGGAGGAUUUGAUUGCAAGUGUAAAGGAGAUCUUCUGUAUAUAAAGGGAGAGGACACUUGUAUAGCUAAGAAUGCAUCAAGAUUGGGAUGGAUGUUGUCACUCUUGGUUUUAUCCUGUUUGGUUGGUGCUGGAGUACUUGGUUAUAUCUUCUAUAAAUACAGGCUGAGAUCUUAUAUGGACUCAGAGAUCAUGUCUAUCAUGUCUCAGUACAUGCCUCUUGACAACCAACACAAUGAGGCUCAGCCUCUGCGACAAGAUUCCACCAUAUAAUACAGGAGAUUGUAGAUUUAACAGCAGAGUUGGGAAGCUUGUGGCAGUAUUCAUUCAAUAAUCAUUCUGCAAGCUCUACAUGGUGAGAAUAGAUGAGAGGAAGGGAGGGGACAAUGAUGCAUGCUGUUUCAGCUAUUAAUGUUGAUUGUGUUGCCAUAAAUUUGAUAAUUUUGUUCAUAAUAUGUUUAGGAUCAUGCUAUACAACUUUGGUUUAAAUUUUUUGGUGCUUUAUAGUAUGUAAAUUUAUGUAACUGAUGAUUUAUUUGAUGUCAAUAAAGAAUGUGUGUGUGAGAGAGAGAGAGAGAUAAUGACUUACAUUUAAAGUAAUAUCUACGUCGAAU